UUUUAAUAAAGUUAUUACAAUUCAAACAACAUGGCGGCUCCCUGUGGUCCACCCGUGUUGUCGGACUGAAGAAGAAAUAGCUUUUUGCUGCAUUAAAAAUCAGAGGAGGUAUGGCCACUGCAGGGAAGCCAGGAACUAAAAAGGAACUCAAGAGACAUGUUCCAGCAAAGACCUCCUUCACCUCACCCUUCACCCCUAAGUGGAACCCACUCUCCCAAGAAGACAUGCAUUUCAUCCUGAAAACCCUGAAGGACAAGCUGGUUUCCACUGGUCUUGAGAAGAAAGAGGUGAAAGUGUUUCGCCCGUGGAGGAAAAAGAAAGACCAGAAACCUGCUGCCACAUCAGAACCUGUCCCACAGGUGAGCCAGGACUCUCCCAGAAACGGCUGGACAGAUGUGGCAGCCAGAAGACAACUGGCCAUUGGCAUCAACGAGGUCACCAAAGCUCUGGAGAGGAACGAGCUCAGACUGUUGCUUGUGUGCAAGUCCGUCAAGCCCCAACACAUGACGAGUCACCUGAUAGCCCUGAGCGCCACAAGAGGUGUGCCGGCCUGCCAGGUGCCUCGGCUGAGCGAGAGCGUGUCGGAGCCACUGGGGCUGAAAAGUGUCCUCGCUCUGGGAUUCAGACAGUGUCCCUCCAAAGAUGACGAGGUGUUUGCCGACACCGUUGACGCCAUUACACCCAGGGUGCCUUCACUGGAUGUCGCAUGGCUACAAGGUGCAGCGCCCAGCGUAACACCUGAAGACCCUGCUGAGGUGGAAGAGGAGGCUGGCAAGAAGAAGGGCCAGAAAAGGAAACUUGAGACUGAACGUGAGGAGGUCACAGAGUCGGCCUCCUCCUCCUGCACUCUGCAGCCUCUCAGAGUGAAAAAAAUAGUUGCCAACUCUGCAAAGAAAAGACAAAAAAAAGCAUAGCCAGUCAAAUGAGAUAUUAAAACAAUUUUGACCACUUAAAUGAGGCACUAGUGUAGGCAUGAGGUCUUUUUUUUCUUUAUCCAAUUAAUCGACUUGUGUGACGCCUCAGAUUUAUUCUGGAAAACUCUCCAACCAUCCAAAAGCUUUAUCCCACAUAUCAACUGAGAAUAUCAGUUUUUAGUUUUGUGAAUUGCAUUUUUCUGACAUUUUGGGCAGCCGUUGGUUUAUAAUCGUUUAAUAUUGUGUGUGUAAUUCAUUCCAGUGAACUAGAACUGAAACACUUCUCCAGUGGAAAGAUUUGCCCAUAGAAUAUAACUGUUAGCUGCAGCUCUACAGUUAACACCAUGUCAACUUUUAUUUUUUUUAUCUGUGUUAGUAGGUGAUUGACUUUCUGAGUCAAUAAUGAAUUACAACAGAAAGAAAAUAUGAAUUCAGUUUAGUCAAAGAUAGGAGACAUUAUUUGUUGGAAUGUGCUGCUUUUCUAAAAAAAGUAAGUCUGUUCUCAUACUCCAGUGAGAUUAAUGGAAACCAGUGGACGUGAUUUAUAAUAACUCGGUUAAAAUUAGUUGGGACCCUGGUGUGAUCCUUUAAACUGAUUUCCUUGACCCGAAACAGGCACAACAAAGGACAUUUAUAGCUAUGUUGUUUUUUCUGUUUCUGAAUUAAACUCACAACUUAAAAUAUGACAUUGUUUAAUAUUUUCACACCCCAACCGAUUUAUAACGAGUCAAUUUAACCGUUUGUCUCAGUUAAAACUGUAAUAUACUGUAAAUGUGCCUCUUGUAUUAAAAUAAACUGCAUUACUCAUG